GUUGGAUGUCAUUACGUUCGCCUCAGCCCUCAAGGCUCUUUCGUCAAGCAGCCACUGGAGCAAGGUCCUCGGGCUUCUUGAGGACCUGCGCUGCCGGGAGAUCCAGGCAGAUGCGCCGCUUUGCACCACGGCGGUCAGGGUGUGCAGCAAAGGACGGCGAUGGCAGGAGGCGAGGGGACUGCUGGCCAGCUCCCUGCGGCGAGGGGUCGUGGACGAUGCCGCCCUGCACAACGCCCUGAUGGACCCCGCCAGUGCCUCGCAGUGGUCACGAUCCGUGGAGGAGCUUGUGCGGAUGGGAAGGCAUGCGUUGCAGCUCAGCCAUCAGAGCUACGGCGCAGCGAUCGCUUCGUCCAGCGAAGACUGGGUCCGUGCUGUUGGCCUGCUGCAGCAGAUGCAUCGAACGAUCAGGCUGAACGUGCCUGCCGUCAGCUCCGCAAUCGCCACAUGCAUGCUGGCUGGUGAAGGCCGGCUAGGUCUCAGGCUUCUCGAGCAGAUGACCUUGGCCCAACUCGCUCCCAACUUGCACACGUUUGGCAGAGCGCUGGCGUGCUCUCGCGAG